AGCUCCGAAACUUGCUAAAAAGACUUUCUGGUUGCUUUACUGUCCCUGAAGCAUCCUUUUUCUUCUUAGCUCUGUACGAAGUGGUCAGUAGCAAUGGUCCAAAUCACCUCUCUCCUCUGGCAGGUUCUUGUUACUGUCGCGCAAGCCCCUCCUGUUGCACGCAACGGUUCUCCAAAUGCCCUUGCAGUCCGCCAGGUAAAUACGAGCGACCUUCCUUCUCAAUGUCAAAGCACGUGCCAAGUCAUCAAUACGAUAAGUGACUGCGCUAACAGUCUGUCUUGCAUUUGCGUGUCGUCUAUCGGAACCCAACUUCAAUCAUGCAUGGAUUGCCUUGUCGUGGCUGAACCAUCUGCCUCGAUAGACGCUAAUUCCGCCAUCGACAGCUGGAACGAAGCUUGUGGUGGAUCUCUCACUGUUCGUAUAUGGCUUCACGGGCUCGAUUUUGUGGUGCUCUGACAGUGUUUCAUAUUUACAGCUUACCAGUGGCCAAACUUCCACUUCGACAUCUGCUGCUAAGAGCUCUACUGCUACUAGUAGUAGUAGCCCUUUCAUUACCAAGACUGGCGAUGCUGUGGGCUUGAAGGCAGCUAUUGGGGCACUUGGCUUGCUCGUCGCCAUUGCUUCUGGUAUUAGCAUCCUCUGAACAUGAGUGUCAACCUGAGUCUCUUAGGGCCGCCUUUUCCUGACGCAUCAGCAUAACCACACCCUCCCUUCUUAACACUACACAAGUAUACAUCCUGUUAACAAACACUUUAACUAGUAAAUUUAUUCGCCGCCAUGGCACGGCGCUCGUUGAUCUGA